AUGUCCGAUUUGUUGUCGAAUUACGGGAUUUAUUUCGACGAGGUCGAUAAAGUUUGCAUUUUAGAGCCGGAGGUUGCCAAACAGACCAACAACUUAAAGGAGGAGUGUCAGAUUUAUACGGAAAAAAUCAACGAAUUUCACAGAAUAUCAAACAAAUUUGUGGACAUGGUGGAAAAUUUGAACAAAUUAGUGGAAAAGGAGAAAAUUACGGCGAUUGGGACGAGAAACAUCCUGCAAAGUAUGGAAAAACAAAAGGAAACUCAUCAGCAGCAAUUACAAGCAUUGAUAGCCGAAAAAUCUAUGGAAUUAGAGCGACUUAAAAUCCAGUUGAGCUCACUGCUGAAAACUGAAAUGGAACAAAAUGAAAUAAUAAACCAGUUGACUCGCUAUUAA